AUGACUGAUAGCGGUUCGCAGCCUGAUAUACAAAAUCCGAGCAAUGAAGAUGUCGAUAGAGACGAGUUUUACCGGAGAUUAUGCGAAGUUUAACAAAAAAGGCAUCGAAUUCAGCAUUGCUGUCACGUGAGAAAUACUGUUGGUUUGUUGAAAAAAUAAAAUACGCAAAAACAGCUGUGAGGAAAACCCCAGCGGAUUACCGUCGGUUGAAAAAGUUUGAAAUUAUUGAAACACCUGACGGAGAAAAGUUGUUUUCAGCUCGUGCUUUGGGCGAUAAAAAGCGACAAAUGUUUGUACCAAUAGAUGAAGUAUAUGACAUUAUAGCCGAGUAUCACCUCAGGUUGAAUCACGGUGGCCGUAGUCGUAUGAUGGUGGAGUUAAAACGUAAAUAUCGAAAUGUCACUGCUGAGAGUGUUUUAGUAUAUUUGUCAAUGUGUGCGACCUGUAAAAAUAAAUUACCCAAAAAAAGAUCAAAACCAAGCUUAAAUACGAGUGAAAUUAGUGAGAAUGUAACAGAAAGUUGUAACGACACUUCGUCUAACCCGAUUUCCGAGUGCUCAGCCUCUAAUCUGGAAAUAGAACCUGAAGAUUUACUACGAGCAUUAAAAUAUUCAACUUAUAAGAGUCCGGAACUUUACUCGCGCGGCCAAGUUGAUAUACUCAGCGUCACAAAUGAAUUAUGCGAAGAAUAUAAAUAUCUGAUGGUAUAUAGAAGCUUUAUUUCCAAAUUCAUUCACUUGAAGGCCAUGAAAACAUUGAAUGUUGACGAAACUGUUGAUGAGUUGUUGAUAUAUUUUUGAUGUUUGGAGCCCCAAAUAUUUUGCAAUCACUAAAUGGACUAGCUUUAGCUAAACCUGUUUGUAGACGAAUCUCAAGUUUGUGUCCCCAAAUUAAGGUAGUGGCAUCAGAUUCAACAUUUACAAAAGCCGAUUUUGAAGGUAAAUCUAAUGAGCAUAUUUUGAAGAAGUUAAAUGAAUGGUUGGACAAAUAUGAAGCAGGAAGUGGCAGGAAGGAGUGAAGUUUGUGCAGUACGAAUUGAACACAACAUUCAACGAGGUAUUGUGCAGAACGCCUAGUGAGAUGGUCUUUGGCGAGAAUCCGAAAUGUGGUUUAGCUAGUUUCAUGUCGAAAAAUGUGUUCGACGAUUUGAUAACGGAAGAAGAUUUUGUAACGGUUUUGACAAAUAAAGAUCCUAUAGUUCCAAGACAGCUAAAAUUGCGAGAGUCAAUUGUGUUGCCAACAAAUUUUAUUAAGGUUGAACCAGGCGAUGACAGUCAGACUGACAUGGAACAAGAUGAAGUGAAAUUAAACGAUCAAGUAAUUGUUGCCUAUUAA